UUGCAAAUAAUUUGGAUAACCGCUCGAAUUGUUCAUUUUGUUGAUAAACUAGUCUUACGAGAAGAAUUGCUUCCUAUCCAGUCAGGAUUCCGCAUUGUUUCCGUGUUAACCUGCUUACUAAAUGGUUUUGUCGGUUCAUUGUUGUUCAGCAUUCGUUAAAAUAUCACCUAUUGUGAAGUUCACUGAGAUUUGACAUUGCUUAUUGUUUGCUAAAUAAUUGCUUGAGCAGCUAGUACGAGCUCCUGGCUAGCAUUCGUAAUGUAGACUAUCAAGGUCCUACUGCGAACUAAAAACUCCAGCAGCAGUUUAAAGAAGUCCAGUCCCGCUACAGGUUAGCUGCAGAGUUGUUAAAAAAAAUCAACAUGUGGCAAAAACCAGAAUAUUACGCUCUGUCAGUUACAUGGAUAUUUCUUAGUUUUAAUGGUUCAAUGGCUGUAGAAAGUAUAACAUUGAUGGAUAACACUGUGAUUCCUGAAGUCAGAACAACAGAAAAUAUCGUUGCACGGACCAUUUACUCAACAAUUGAAACAUCACAGCCAACCAUCUUUCCUGAAAAGUCUCCUUUACAGAAGACGUCUGAAAAUGUUAACAAGAUAACCAUGGUAACUAAGGAAUAUACAGCGAAUACGAAUCAGGCGAGUAUACCACAUCCUGUGUCCCCUCUAAUUCAUAAAUCAACGUACUCACCUGUCGCUACAUCCAAGAUGGUCGAUGUCACAUCGCCUCCUUUUUCCCCUGCUAAAGACGAUGGUAUCUACAUCCUAGUCGGAGCAGCAUGUGCUGGCUUUAUCAUUUUGAUCGUCUUUAUCAUUCUCUCUGUCUUCCUAUACAAACGAUGUGGAAGGAAUAAAUAUACAAAAGCUAAACCGGAACCAAAUUAUGACGAUGAAAAAGGUGAUAUCAGCGGAGCACGUUGGGUAUUUACUGACGGUAAUCAAGAUUGGUUGUACGAUGGGGCUGAAGAUGAUGAUGAUAAACAAUAUGUUGGUCCGUUAGUAGGUAAAACGGGCAAACGGCAAAGUUUGAUGGACAAACGUUAUGUACAUGAUAGCGAAACAUUUGGAGGCGUAAGUUCACUAACAGCCCCGAAACGCCCCAAUCUUGUGAUCAGUGAAAGUGCUGGGAGUUUAGAAGGAAUGACGUUUGGAGAAGAAGAGAAUACGAAUUCGCAAUAUAUAGAUGACACAAGAACUGAUGAUAUAGCCGACAAUAGUGUUGGCAACAUAAGAAGUAGUGUUGGAUUAGAAGAGUUCCAGCCUUCCAAUACAGAUAAUGUUCAAUCAGAAUUAAACGUCCAGUCCGACAAUGACUUUGAAAUGAAUCUGCUUUCGAAAGCACAUCCAAACAAUAACGGAAUAGAAACAUAGAAUAACCACAGGCCUACGAUGAUUUGUGAUUGAGAUGCACAACUAACUGUAUUAUUUUAUCUACCGUAUUAUUGUUUGAAAAAUGAAAUAUUAUUUUGUUUUCAACCAAUCACCAGCUUCUCACUACCCAAAACAUAUAAGUAUUUAUAUUUAUAUAUGCAGAUAUUAUUC